AUGGGCUUUUGGGUCGCUGGACUGACGGGGCUGGCCCGCCUGCUGAAAGCACACGAAGUGAGGCGGCCAGGAUUCCCUCGGAGCGUGAAUGCAAACCAAUCCUGGCAAUUGUUCCAAGACUUGUUGGGCAAGGACUUCCAAACAAUGAUGCUUGACGACUUGGAAGAAGCAGACCCAACAGAACACGGCACUGUGAUGCUGGACAACCAAAUGGCAGCACAGAUGAAGAGGAUCCAAAGAGCCAGUUCACGCACCCAAAGCUUCCAAGACCGCAUGUGGAGCUGGUCUGCAGCUACCUGGGAAACCAAGGAAGCAUGUCUUGCGGCGUUCAGCCUGAACGACAUGCUGCAAGAGAGGCAAGCCGCAAGAGAUUCAAGAUAUGGAGACAGGAAUGAAAAUUACCUGGACUCAAUCAAGGCUUAUGGUUUGCCUGAUGGAAGUUUGCUGGGUGAGUUUUUGGCAGAUGAUGUCGAAAGAGUGAAGUCCACCCGGCAUCUGUCCAAGGAAGCAGGAGUUUCGGAGGAAACGUGGCAGAGUAUGGAGGACCAGGCCAAAAAGGCGAACGAAAGCGAGGGGAAUCAGGAGGGACAAGAGCAGAAGAACAGCAAACCGGGCUCAGAGGACGAAGAGAGCUCUUCCGGGGGAGCCUCUUUGCUACAGCUUCCUGAAGCAUUUGUAAGUGGCAAAGAAAUACUCCGACACCUGACGACAUCAAGCAUCAGAUAG